AUGGCAUUCCUAUUCCGAAACAAGCAGAAGAAUAACCUGGAGCUUACCCGCUCUAUCAAAGAGCUUACGCUGCGGCUUGGGCAAGAAGACAGGCCCAACCCCAAGCUAGAGGAAGGACUUGCUCUGGACCUGCAACAGAUGAAAGUUAGACUUCAGGGCACACCCGACACAGAAGUCAACCCGGAGGCUGUCUUCCAGCUUCUUACAAACAUCCUCAACGAGGACCUCCUCUAUGCGCUAGCAAUCAACAUUCAUAAGCUCCCGUUCGAGUCGCGGAAAGAUGCCCAAGUCAUCUUUUCCACUGCUUUCCGCUACAAGCCCGCAGGACAAGCUACACCGCAGGUAUUGGAACACGUCGUCGCAUACCGACCGGAUAUUAUAAUAGCGCUAUGUCGAGGCUACGACCGGCGAGAAAGCGCCAUGCCAUGUGGUGGCAUCCUUCGUGAAGCGCUCAAGUACGAUGCCAUCGCUGCGCUGCUGCUCUAUGACGAGCCAAUGGAAGACGGAAAGACGCUUGACUUGGGCAACGUGAACCCUGAUCUGCCGUCUUCUGGUAACGGUGUCUUCUGGAAGUUCUUUGACUGGAUAGACAAGGGCGCUUUUGAAGUCAGUGCCGAUGCAUUCAACACAUUCAGGGAAAUCCUGACAAAGCACAAGCCUUUAGUCGCUACAUUCCUGCAGACCAACUUUGACACCUUCUUCACCAAGUACAACUCGAUGCUGAUCCAGUCUGAGAGCUAUGUGACGAAGCGCCAGUCUAUCAAACUGCUGGGCGAGAUUUUGCUCGAUCGAGCAAAUUACAACGUUAUGACGCAAUAUGUGGACUCGGGGGAGCAUCUCAAGAUCAUCAUGAAGCUACUGCGAGACGACAGGAAGAUGAUCAACUACGAGGGUUUCCAUGUCUUCAAGGUGUUCGUUGCCAACCCGAAUAAAUCGGUCGCAGUACAACGGAUCCUGAUUAGCAACCGGGACAAGCUGUUACGGUUCUUGCCGUCAUUCUUGGACGACCGCACAGAAGACGAGCAGUUCAUCGACGAGAAGAGCUUCUUGAUCCGACAGAUUGAGCAGCUUCCGCCAGCUCCGGUCGUGCCACCGACAGCGCAAUAG